GUUCAGUCGUCGUCGUCGCUGAUUGAGGAGACAACAACUUUGACCUCAACCAGCACACUCAAGCUCACCACCACCAUCACUGCCACUCCUUCGCCAACAUACGCAGCCGCACAAGCCGUCAAGGUAUCCACCAAGGCUGUCUCGAAAGCGCUGGGCAGCAGCCUUUCCGGCGAGGCCACCUUCUACGGCGGCAACGUCGCCGGCGGCAUGUGCUCCUUCACCGGCUACACCAUCCCAGCCGGCCUCUACGGCACCGCGCUCUCCGACUCGAACUGGGCCACCGCUGGCAACUGCGGCGCCUGCGUGAGCGUCACCGGCCCCUCCGGCACAAAGGUCACCGCCAUGGUCGUCGACCAAUGCCCCGGCUGCGGCACCAACCAUCUCGACCUGUUCCCCGACGCCUUCGCCAAGCUCGCCGACCCCAGCAAGGGCGUCAUCCCCGUCAGCUGGCAGGUCGUGCCCUGCGGCAUCACCACCCCGAUCGUGCUGAAGAACAAGGAGGGCACAAGCGCAUACUGGUUCAGCAUGCAGGUCAUGAACUCCAACAUCCCCGUCUCCAAGCUCGAGGUCUCCACCGACAGCGGCAAGACUUGGAAGGCAACCACCCGCAAGGAGUACAACUUCUUCGAGAACCCGUCCGGCUUUGGCACUGCGACUGUUGACGUCAGGGUCACGAGCGUGAAUGGCGGGACUGUCAUUGUCAAGAGCGUUAGCAUUGCGGCGGGCACGACGAAGACUGCUGGGGGUAACUUUUCCGCUUAGAGCGGGGAGGGAUUUCGUGUUUUGUCGUCGUCACAAGGGCGGGACUUUGGUGGCGAUGAUUGUGGUUUAUUUUUGGUGAAUGAAAGGGGAUUGAUUGUCAUGUUUCACUUCUUAUCGCUGGAUUGAUUCGCUUCUUGUAGUUUUCUGGAACUCGGCUACUGCUGCUGGGAUAUUUUUAACGUUGUGGAUUGGUGGAAUGAAAACCACUACCUUGUCUU